CAUACCUCUCAUUGUAUAGCCACAGCUUGACGAAUCAGGGUGGUCAAGACUUUCAAGCUAACAAGAGGUCGAAUACUUCUUGCCCCCCACUGUAACCGACGCCCCGUUGAGUCAGGAUCAGGGGUUUUCGGGUACUUUCAUGAUGUGACAGAGGGCCGGGCAGUGCAGUAUCGAUCCAGCUAACUCAACAGGAAGGGGAUCAUCGCAGCCAAGAUCGUCCUUGAACUUCUUGGCUGUCUCACGUUGCUUUUUCCCGCCUAGCUUUCGUCACUAUUUUCCCCCUUCUUUCAACUUCAAUUGAUCGACAAUGGCGGCGAUACCGGUGUUUAGUGAUAUCUUCUGGCUGCUGCAAGAAGCCGGUCUUCUCUUCUACAGCUACAUCAUCCUCAAACGAGUCCUCCGAGGCCUACGAUGGAGAGUCUUCUCUUCACUCUUCUGGACAGGUAUGGCCGGUAUUGUCGCCGUCCGCAUUAUCAUCAUCACCUUCCGAGUACGCUCUAUUCUAGCCGGUAACGAGGAUUUGUUGGCCACUAUCAACCACAUCCACAUCGCAUAUUUUGGUCUUAUCGCGACGCUCGAAUGUAUCAGCGCCUACUUCCUAAUGGUCCUCUUCACCUCGGCCAAGGCCUCAUCCGCCGAAAUUGCACGCAGUGGUGGUCUCUUCCAAUACUUAGCUCGAAGCACAGAGAUGAGAGUCGCGCUUCUGGCCCUACAGGGCACCCUUCGCGCUGUCACGAAUUCGUUCAAGACGACUGGUCAGACGGCGGAGAAUAUCGCCACGCAGCUCGAUCGCUUUUUCUAUGCAGUAUUUUGCCUGUACUCAAUGGUUCUGUACAUUCAUCUCCUUUCUCCAAAGCUCAAGUUCAAUGGUACUCACGACUACCCAUCUUCUCGUGAUCGUUAUGUACAUCAGGGCAGUCAGCCUGGUCGUUUCACGUCAACGCAAAAAGAUGACUUUGCUCAAAACAGGACCGAGCAUGUGGUGGGAGUGGACGGAGGUACACGCACACGCAAGGCGCGCAAUGACUCAACAGACCAUAUAAUUGAGGGCGGUUCCUCGCAAGGUGGCUCAAUCAACCUGGAGGAUAUGGACCUCAAGGGCAAUGUCAUCAAGAAGACGGUCGAGUUCAGGGUGGUAUAA